UGGGGAGGGGAAGGGUGGGGCCAAGAGGGGAGCCUGCUAGGGGUGCCCGGCUCCAGCCCUGGACCAGGGGGUCUGAAGUGUCAGCCCCUGGGUCACAGCCCGGACAUUUGGGGAGACCUUCUUUCAGCAGGAGACAGUGAGAUUGGGGACAAUGGCACCUGUCAGCCACACCUUGGUUUUCUGUGUGGGCCUCCUAGCCAUGGCCAAGGCAGAAGCUUCACCGGAACACGACCCAUUCACUUAUGACUACAAAUCCCUGAGGAUCGGAGGCCUUACCAUCGCCGGGGUCCUCUUCAUCCUGGGCAUCCUCAUCAUCCUCAGCAAGAAAUGCCGGUGCAAGUUCAACCAGCAGCAGAAAACUGGGGAGCCUGAUGAAGAGGAGGGAACUUUCCGGAGCUCCAUCCGUCGUCUGUCCACCCGCAUGCGGUAGAGAAUCCUGAAGCCACGGAGCCCAGAGCAAUCCUGCAGCGCAGCCCGGGCUGGGGGGGGGGGGGGUGGAGAGGAGGCCGGGGAGGGGGCAGGGAGGCGAGGUGGCCAGGCGGGCUGGAAGCCUCCCGCCCAUCCAUCCACCCCACAGGAUCUGCACACCUGCCUGCCACCUCCCCCCCCCCCCCUGCCCCGGCCCGGCCCCAGCAGAUGCCCCCGUGCCGGCUAGAAUUCCAAUAAAACGUGCUUUUUCUCUCCA